UUGUUCUUUGAAUCUUUAUUGUUGGAAUGCUUUGAUCAACAUAUUCAGCUCCUUCAGGAGAAGGGUGCAAUGACUAUCAGCUUUCUAGCUCUUAUAAUUGAAUUCAUAUAAAUUAAAAUCAUAAACUUCUUUAACAUGGUUUCCCAAACUUCAACUUUCAAAUGUUUCUGCUUCGCAAAUCUUUCAGCUAGAGACACCAUGGAAACUUUAAAAUGUUGACUAAAGUCUAAGCUAUUUUAUAAAAAAAAUGGUUAUUGAUAUCUAUUCUACUUUUUUCUAACAACUGAUUAUGUUUCAUUUGUUUUUCAGUCCAUUUAUGAUUUACAUUAGUGUGUAUUGCGUUUCUUAGAGUGAGAGCUGAUGUGCAGCAGCGUCAAAAAAGAGAAAUGGCACUUUUGCCGUCAUGGCUUCAUUUGGGAUCAAAACGAUGCCGUGGUCGGACUCAUAUGAGUAUGGAAUCUUCUGAAAUUCAUUUCAGGUUUUAGCAUUCCAACGCAUUUUCAGCAGGAAAUGCAUUUGUAGUUCACCAUGUCUUUCAAAUCUGUCCAGACAUUUCAUUGGAACAGAAUUGUGCCACAUUCAAUGCACCGAAUGCACCACCCAUGAGUUCGGACAAUGAUCAAGUAACCACAUUUUCUGCAAAGGAUUGGUCAUCAAUGUUGAAAAUGUUACCAUUUAAUUUCGUUUUCUGGUUAUUUUUACUGAUCUGAUGUAACUGCUUACGGUACAACAGCAUUUUCUGCUUGUCUUUGAUAGUAAAUUCAUUUCAAUGUCGAGGUGAUAUCAUUAUUUAACGAAGAAAUGUUGACAGUGAUUCAUAUGUUCCCCAAUAGAUGUUAAUUAUUGAUAGUGUUGUUCAGACGGCUAACAAGGAGACCAAAGAGCCUCCUUAUGAGACCCAGCUGGCCAAGUGCAGAGACACCACCUAGGCUGUGAGAGAGGAGUUGGACAGUCAGGCGGAGGACAGUAUGUGGACACUGGCUCUUCAGUUGGGUUUCCUUGGGUUGUACCUACAGGUACCGACAUGCUACCCAUCAUGCACUUUGUACGGACUCAAGGCUGACUGCAUUUCGCAGCAGCAGUACUGGGUUCCUGCUCUGAGUCCUAACAUCACCCACCUCUACCUGGAGCUGAACUACAUCCGUGAGAUUAACAGCAGCUCGCUCGUGCGCUACGACCAGCUGCAGGAAUUGGAUCUGGGCAUGCAGAGAGUGCCGCUCAUCUUAAGGAACAAUGCUUUCCUCCGGCAGAGGAGACUGACAAAGUUGGUCCUUGGAGCCAAUAAUCUCCUUCAGCUGGAGCCGAGGGCUUUUGCAGGACUGUUCAAGUUACAACGACUGGAUUUGAAUUACUGCAACUUGGCAGACUCCAUACUAGCAGACAGCUAUCUGCAGCCCCUUUUGUCCUUGGAAACACUCGGCCUCGAAGGUAAUGGAAUAGUGAGAGUUCAACCAGGGCUGUUCUUUUCAAGACUUACAAAGUUGACACAGCUAAAUCUAAAAAAGAAUGAGAUUCAACAAAUGUGUGAAGAUGAUCUUGUUGGAUUUCGGGGGAAGUACUUCAAAUUCCUGAAUUUGCAAUCAAAUCAAUUUUACAUCAGUUUAAGUGAAGGAUUUGACUGGAAGAGAUGCGGGAACCCUUUCAGAGAGAUGGGUUUGGAGACCCUUGAUUUAUCCUAUAAUUCAUUCAGCAUGGACACAGCAAGACAAUUCUUUAGAGCAAUAAGUGGCACUCCGAUUGCUAAUCUUAUAAUCUAUGGAAACAUGGGCAAAGGCUUCUCACACAACAACUUUCCUGACCCAGACGAGAGCACAUUCGAAGGCCUCGCGACCAGUUCUGUUGCCAAUCUUGAUCUCUCUAAUAACUAUAUAUUUUCUUUGCAGAAGGCUUUUUUAAAUCCGCUAAAGGAUGUCAUCAUUAUUGAUAUUUCCAAGAACAAAAUCAAUCAGAUUCAAAGAAACGCCUUCGACGGCCUUCAAGGACAUUUACGAAUGCUCAACCUGUCUAAAAACCUCUUGGGGGAAAUACGCUCUCACACGUUCACCAAUCUCACAGACCUGCGGGUGUUGGAUUUAUCUCACAACCACAUCGGUGUUUUAGGAGACAAAGCGUUCAGCGGUCUCCCCAGAUUACGAGCGUUAUAUCUGACGGGAAAUUCCCUGCGAGACCUGGGUUCUCCGACGCCCCUACCAAACCUAGAUUAUCUAUUGUUGGGCGACAAUAAACUGCGAUCUCUUUGGGACAUCAGUCAAUUCGGCAACAACAGUAUCCACGUAGAUGUUGCAGACAACCGAUUGACUGACCUGCAGGACGUUGUUAAUAUUUUAGCUCAUUUCAAUCGCCUCGAGAAUUUCUUCUACGGGGGCAACGUCAUCAAGUGGUGCAUAAGGAGUCCGGGAGUCACAGUACCUCGUAAUAAUAGUUUACAAGUCCUGGAUCUUCACGACAGUUUCCUAAACACCAUCUGGGCGCGGGGACAGUGCCUCGACCUUUUCGAUUGUUUAGGACAUCUUCUCGGCCUUAAUUUGAGCCUCAACUCGCUUUCGUCUCUCCCACGAGGGGUUUUCCGCGGCCUCGGCUCGAUCAUAGAGAUCGACCUCUCGUCCAAUGCUUUAACCUAUCUGCAGCCGGACAUCUUCCCAGUCGGCCUGAUAAGACUCGACCUCUCUAACAACUUUUUGGCCUCCCCGGACCCAGAGACUUUUGGGUCUCUGAGCUUCCUCGGCCUGGCUGGGAAUCGGUUCCACUGUGAUUGCAGUCUGGAGGGCUUCACCAAGUGGCUGAACGCGACAAAUGUAACCUUCCUCGGCCCAGUCGACGAGUACAGGUGUGAGUUUCCAGUCGCUCUCCGCAAUCUUCCUCUGCUGGAAUUCUCCGCGACGGUGGAACCGUGCGUGGAAGACGACGAAAAGGCCGUCCAAGGACUUAAGUUCGCUCUCUUCAUCUUGUCCGCUCUCCUAAUACUCGCCGUGGUGGUCGGCGGGAUCGUCUACGCCCGUCUCCGAGGGCGCAUAUUCAUCAUCUACAAAAAGGUGGUGGGGAGGGUCCUGGAGGGCCCCAAGCCGCCGCCUCCCGUGGACGAAGUGCAGCACGAUGCCUUCCUCUGCUUCAGCGACACCGACUACGACUGGGUGGAGGCCGCUCUGCUCAAGAAGCUGGACAACCAGUUUUCGGAGGAAAACAUGUUCCGCUGCUGUUUCGAGGCCAGAGACUUCCUGCCAGGCGAGGAUCACCUUUCCAACUUUAGAGAUGCCAUCUGGGGUAGCAGGAAGACCGUGUGCGUUGUCACCAGGGAGUUCCUGAAGGACGGCUGGUGCUUGGAGGCGUUCACUCUGGCCCAGGGCCGGAUGCUGGAGGAGCUGACCAACGUGCUGAUAGUGUUGGUGGUGGGGAAGGUGGCUCACUACCAGCUGAUGAGGUACAAGGCGCUCAGAGCUUUCGUCCAGAGGAGAGAGUACCUCACCUGGCCGGAGGACCCUCAGGACCUGGAGUGGUUUUAUGGGCGCCUCGUCUCACAGAUACUCAAAGACAACAAGGUGAAAAAGUGGGCCGAGGACCAACCGCAGCCCGUGCAGCCCGACAUGGGACCCCCCGACAUGGGAGCCCCCGAUGAGGACGGAAUCCAGCUCGAGGACAUCAGGGCCAACGCUGUGUGAACUCUUGCCUCCUGUUGAAGCUACUUUGGAGUUAAUCUGCUGUGUGAGAACUCGCUGCUGCCCCCUACAGGGGAGGACAGGUGUUACCAGGUUCAGAGGAUGGGAAGCAAAAGACAGUUAUGCAGAACUUCUUUGGUCUUUAACGGUUUUAUGUAAUCAGGUCAUCUGUGGUAAGAUUAAAAUGAAUUUAUAAUUUUUUUCCAUGUAGAUAUUUGGUCACUGUCCAAGCUUUCCAUGUCAAUGACCAGUUAUGUUAUUAUUGUGUUCACUGAAUGAAAUGUUUCUGAUUAUUGAUUUAAAAGCAUCUGCUAAUCACAUUUUGUAACAGGAAAUAUUGAUUAUUGACAAAUAUAUCAAAUCCUAAAAAAAUAAGUCAACUUCUUCCAUUUGAAAUGCGACCAACAUUGCUCCCUAGGGGUCUUCCUUCUGGAAUUGAGGCUUUGUUCUUAUUAAUAGCCUGAGGGAUGAAGCCCAGAGCAGAUGAAUCACCAUGCAGCUCAACACAGACACAUAUGUACUGACAGCUUGCUGUUCAUCUUAUGCUCUCUAGUGCAGCUGGUGUCUACACCAGAGGG